GUAAAAACAACAGAAUGGAAUACGAGGAAGAAAAGUUGACAGAGGGUCUUGUAUUGGCAAGAACUAGAGCUGUCGAUCUAGAUGGUGUUACAAAGCUAAAUUUUUGGGGAUCAGAAAUAAGUGAUAUAAGUGUUGUAAGGAGUAUGCCAAAUUUAGAAGUCUGUAGUGUCAGUGUAAACAGCAUCUCAACUUUGAAGGAUUUUGCACGAUGUAAACAGCUAACAGAACUAUACAUCAGGAAAAAUAAAAUUGAAAAUCUCUCAGAAAUACAUUAUUUAAAGAACCUGACACGCUUGCGGAAUCUAUGGCUAGCUGAUAACCCUUGUGCUGAAGGAAAGAAUUACAGAGCUACAGUUCUACGCACUCUUCCAAAUCUACAGAAACUUGACAAUGUCGUGGUAUCGGAAGAAGAAAGAAAAGAAGCUGAGGAAAAUGGUGAUCAGUUACCUCCCCCUGAAGAUUUAGAAGAAGUACUAAAUGAUGAGGAACAAUUUACUGAAAAUGGAAGGGACCAAGAGGAAAUUGAAAAUGAGAUGAAUGAAAAUGCUACAGGUGAAGACAAACAGACAGAUGAUGGUACAGUAAAGAAAACUCCUGAGACCAAACCUAAACCACCUCCUGUGAAACCCAAGCAGUCCUUGUUAGACCCCGUGACUCUAAGCUGGGAGGAAACAAACAAAAUCAGAGAAGAGCUAGGAUUGAAACCACUGCCAUUUGAGAAGAUUACCACUUCUAAACCUGUUCAAAAGCCCACUGAAAAGUCACGGAAUGCCCAUGUGUUACAAGCAGUGCUCAUUCUAAUUCGGGAACUGGACAAAGACAGUUUGGAGAUUGUAAACAGUGCCACGCAAAAAAUGCUACACAGUGACCCAUAAUUUGUAUGAAAAAGUUACUAGUUCCUAGAACAUUUUGUCUAACUUAAACAAAUAGCAUAUUUUAGUUCUCCAGCACUUAAAAUUCAAAGGUUGAUAUCAAAAAUAUAUUUUUCAAAAUUCCCACCUGAAAAGAAAACCAAAUACUGUAACAUUGAAAGUGUUUGUUUGGUUAAAACAUCUACAAUCUACAAUAAGAAAAGGGUUGCAAAAUUAUCAGCAAAUGAAAAAUAUCAUUGUAGAUAUUCUUUUUAAUACAUAGGUACAUAUCUUACUUCUACAAUUUUAAAAUUUUCUGAAAUAUAUCCCCAUAAAACUUGCACCUUAGCAUUACAAAUGUAGUGUGCAUUAACAGGAACAGAAAGUAACAUAGAAUUUUUUUCUAUGUAAUAAAAGAUGGCACUUUACACAAGUACAACGUCAUAACAAACAUACAGUAUACAUGUAUGUACAUGUAUGUGAUGCAAGUGCAAUAUUGUGCAUUUAAUUAAAACCUCAAGAUGAUUAAACACUUUUUUUUAAUUUAGCAUUUUUUCAGACGGUCUUAACCAUUUUAAAGCAAUGUCUAAUUGUCUAUAUGACCUGUCACUUCUUGUGUUCUUGACUACUGGGUCUGUUUCAAUAAUAGUAUUGGACUGCACUUGUCUAGCCAUGUAUAUUCAUGAAUGAUUGAUUUAAACAAUUAAAAUGUGUUUAUUCUUCCAGCUUUAACUCAAGCUGCCUAGAAAAUAACCCAUCUCUGUUUCUGUUUAGAAAGCAAAUACCAAGUGACAAAUACAAAAGGAAAAUGAUAGUAAAGGGGAAAAAUUAUAAUGUACUCUCAUAAACUUGUCUUGUGGUGCUAAAAAAAAAUAAAGAAAUUCAGAAAGUGUACCUGUUUAUAAAAAGAUGUGGAGGUAUUUUUUUGUUGUUAAUUGAAGGUCAAGAAGUAUGAAGGGGGGUGGAUUAGGUAAAGGGUACCCAAUAGGAUCAGUAUCCAUGCUCUUUCUAGAUUAAUAUAUGUGUCGCAAAACACUGGUUGAUAGUGUGUGAAUGAAGUACAUAAUGUAAAUGUACAGUUUUCUCAUAAUGAGAAACCUGAAUUAAUGGAGGAGUUAUGCAUAUUUGAUUUUUAUUACGAUUUUAUCAUUGAUGUUUUCUCUUCUUUUUUUUUACUAAUAUUUGUAAUUUUUUGUAACAAAAUGAGUCCAUACUUCUUAUAGAUAUAUUUAAAAAUUCAAGCACAGAAUUUAGGAUUUUUGAAAAAAAAAAUAAAGGGUUAGUGACUUGACUUGUUUUUUUUUAUUACUCAGAAAGGGUUACCCUUGCUAAAGGUCAUUAUACCCGGUAGUUGUUUAUUAGUAUUUCUAAAUAUUGAAUAACAUUUUAGAUUACAUUUUCACAGGUUUUCUUUUAAUCAAUGUGCUACAUUUCUUGCAAUUACAGACUAUAAGUAAAAAAUAUAUGUGAUAUCAAUGUGAUACAAAAAUCAAAAUGAUUAUUAUUGAAGAUAUUAAGUAUUACGGUGUAUUGUUUCAACGAAAACAAGGGAGUAUUAGGUACAACAUAAAACAGAUACGUGAUGAUUCAACCUGAUCUCCCCUUUGUUUGUUUUUUUACAAGAUUCUUCAUAAUCUUUUUUCCGUUUAUGUGAUUUUUCUAAGUUCCGUCCAAUUUGUUGGGUUUUAAAGAUAUUGUGUCAAUAUAUGUAGGUUUGUGAAUUACAUUGAAUGAAAAUCAUUUUAUCAUUAAAGCUGCGUUAAUAAAGUUUUACAAAAUCAAA